AUACCAUAUAGGAAACUUAUUUAAAUGAAGGUUAAGUCUAAUUCUGUUAUUAUUACUAACCUAUAAUCUAAUAUUAAUACGGAGUCAACAGACCGAGAAGUUGAUAAAUUGAUAAGCAGAUAGUGUACACAUCAUUGUGUUAAGCGCUAGUUUAAUAUAGAAAGUCUUGAAACAUUCGUGGCAGAAAUCAACAAUGUCUUCGAUUCACACUUUCAAUGUUGAAAUGACCUGUGAAGGUUGCUCUGGAGCUGUGGAAAGGGUUUUGAACAGGCUGAAAGGCCAGGGUGUUGAAGAAGUGUCUAUAAGUUUACCAGAACAAAAGGUCUCUGUUACUUCUAGUCUAAGUUCUGACCAGUUACUUGAAGUAAUAAAGAAAACUGGGAAAAAAACAACUUAUGUUGGAAAGCAAUAGAUAACAAAAAAAUAUGUAAAAAACAGGUUCACCAGUCAAUAUUUAAUUUAAAUGUUAAGUUUUUUGUUAAAAUAGAUCAUUUGACUUUG